AUGUCGCCCAAGACCUCUGCACCCAAGCGCACCAGCCAGACCGCCCAAGGCUUUGAUCCUGACACUUUCCUCCAGUCCUGUGCUAGCUUGAUGUCCGAACGUCAAACACGCGCCAGCUCCCACGUCUCUGCACCCAUUCCCAUCCCCGCCUCUGAGCAUACUCCGCCAUACUCUGGCGGCGAAGAGAGCGAUCGACAACCACCAGCCGCCCCGGGCAAGCCCAAACAGCACCCACGCCGAUACUUUCCCGAGCCCAACCAGAAGAACGCAUUGCACCACAUCAUGGCUGAGAGCAAGAACAGCAACUCUGCCCGCGAGCUUGUUUCGCCAUCGCCUGAGGCUCGGUCGCCAGAAGCCUCGGGGUCUGCGCUCGUCCCCGCUACCUCGUCUGCUCCUGCUCCCUCUCCCAAGGCUACGCCCAUGAGGCCGUCAACUUCUGACUCUUCCCCUCCCUCUCCACCCUAUACCAACAUGCCCCCCCCACACACGUACCCUUCCUCCUACCCGCAGACUCCCUCCUCCUCUCAAUGGACGGCCCACGACCCCACACUCGCCCUCCUUCCUCCUCCUCUUCCCAUCCACGGCGCACCCGCUGCUCAUAGUGUUACUUCACCCGAAUAUCAAUCCACCGACGCCGAGCGCGAGCACGGCUCGACGACGGACGACGACGGGCCUUCUUCUGGUGCGGGACAGAAUACCAAGACGGAGAAGGAGGAGGUGGUCAUUCCCAGGCCGCCGAAUGCGUGGAUCAUCUACCGUUCAGAGAUACUCACGCGCUUCAAGAAGGGGGAGAAGAUUCCGGGUUACAGAAAAGCGAGGGAUGACUUGGGGUUGGCGCCUUUACCAGAUUCUGAUAAUGAGUGCAAGCCUUGCCUUGUUGAACGCUACGUCGAAUCGUCAGCUAAUGUGCUUUUCAUCAGUUAUCUCUGGAAACACGAAACAAAGGAAAACAAGUCCCACUACGAACGCCAAGCAGCUCUCCGAAAAGAAGAACACGCGCUGAAAUACCCCAACUACAAAUUCAAGCCUGUCAGUAGAAAUCUCAAGAUCAAAGCGCGCGAAGACGCCAAGCGAGAGAAGGAACUGGAAAAGCGAAGGAAGAAGGAAGAGAGACAAUCUGAAAAGAGCCGUAGCCGUGAGUCUCCACAAAAAUGUCUCGGACGGUUCCGCGAAGGGGCUGACGCUUAUUCUGUGAUAGGCGCGAGACGAUAUAUUGGUCAGACUACCCGGGGCCACUCGAGGCACUCGCCGAUGUCUCCAUACGAUGCAUCAGGUCGAUAUCAUCCUCAUAAUGCCCAAGCUGGACCGGGGCCGUCGUCGGCGGCGGGCAGGUACUUGGUGUAUGGCGAGCCUUAUCCCAGCAGUCAUGAGGAAGUCUCCCCGCCGAGCUCUUACUUUGGUUCCAGCGUCGAGUCGUCGAGCGGGUACAUGAUGCCCCAACCUGAGGACGUAUACAGACCGUUCCCUUUACCACCCUACGCUAUGCCCGCUAUGGCCCGCCCCGAAGGCGUCGAACCCCCCCUCGCGCCGGCGCCUGGGAUUGCCAUCGCCCAGGAAUACAUGUGGCACCACGCUCCCCCUCCUCCUCCUCCUCCUGCCCACUCGGCUCCCACACCUGCCUCCGCGUCCGCGCCCUUGGGUGCGGUGCCAGAGAUGCUCGCACCACCUAUGGAACCCCAAUCGUCAUCCGACUCUCUCGCGCAGCUACUUUCGCCCAGGACGAUGCCGAGGGAUGAAGAGGAGGAUGCUUUCCAGCGAGCGUUGUUGUCUCUCGAUGCGGAGAGUAUGGAUGCGCUCCAGAGACCGAUGGCGGUUUUGGAGAUGGACGAGAUCCCGGCGCUGGACGAUGCGUUCUUUGAAGGAACUGAUGAUAUCGAUGCGUUGGCGGCGAAGUGGCAUGAGCUUGGGCCGGAGGGGGGUGAUGAGUUUGAGCGCACGAGUGGGCUGGUGAUGGAUGAGAGAAAUCUGGAUCCCAUGCCAGCUGUGUUUUACGAGAUGCUUCCUCCAGACAACGGCUUCUAUCCCACCCUUCCCGAACUCAGCGGCGCCUUCACCGACCCCGCCACUGCCUCCUUCGACGUCGCCCUUCCCCCCGAGGACCCUUCCUUGCCCCAAUCCGCUCCAGCCCCCGAAACAUACGGCUUGGUCCCCCAAAUCCAGCCCGACGACUCUAUCAGCUUCGGCUCUCUUUUCGAGCAGCACCCCGAGUAUUACCGCUCGGACGAGUACCCGGCAGGCCCGACGUUGGCGGGGGAGAUGCCAAUGUCGCCGUCGGACGCUUUGGCGGAGGCUACACCGCGGGAAACGACGUUUGCUGGUGCGGGGCAUGAUACCAACCGCAUGCCUUCCUUCUCCCACACUUUGCGCACGGUGUCUACUACGAGCCCCGCUCCCCGACUCGCGUCCCUCUCCGAUUUCCCCCUCACCCCCAACUCGCUCGACCAUAUCGGUCUUCCCUUUGUCGAUCGAUCAACGUCGUUCGCUGGGGCGCAGUUUAUGGGUAUGAACUAUGGGUCCAUGGGCAUGGGGAUGGGAGACGAUUUUGGGGAGGAUGAUUGGUAUGGGGAUGAGAUGCGGAAGGAUGAGAUGGCGGCGAGGGAGAGCGUGUUUGUGACGAGGAGGGAUAGUGAGAUGUCGGCGGUUGAUGCUAGGGCUGGGGCUGGUAUCCCUUCGCCGCCUCCUUCGCAACGCUAG